AUGACCAAAGAUUCACGGUUUAUACCAGUUCCAGAGAUGUUAUUUAAUUUACACACCCCAUUCAAAUUAAGUUGUUCAUUUUAUCGAGGGAAUGACAUAGCGCUAGAUAAUGCAAUACCGGAUGCUAGUUGUAACAAAUAUUUAAUCCAACCAAAAGCUUCUGAUGAAGAUAAUGAUGAUUUUUAUGGCUACUUCACACAUGAUCACUUGCAUUACGAGGAUCCAAAUCUUAAUCCAGACGCCAUAUCACAUGUAGAAGUAUCGAUAGACGUAGAUGCGUCUAUAGCUCAGGACAAAUCGCCAAUAGUAGUAUUUCUUGAUGCUGCUUUUGAUAAUUUGCCUAACAAUAUUAGAGAAUAUGUCACGAAUAAUAUGUAUAUUGUGCCCAAUGGACAGAGAGGACGUGUAAGUUUUAAUAGACAUAUAAAAAAGGUUAUUAAUUCAGAAUACAAAGCUACCCUUGGAAUUUCUCCAACUUAUGAUGAAAUACCUUACAUUUUGUCCAAUAUUCAGACAGAACCUAUUGAAAAUGAUAAGUUAACCAAUGGAGUCUUAAGUAGCAUAGUUCUUUUAAAUGUACAAUAUUUCUUCAUUAAAAUAGAGACUGAACAAAGAACACGAACUGUGUUCAGUAUAUUUGGUCUCGUGGGCGGUGCUUACGGCAUAGCCUCGACAAUAUACAUUAUUUUGUUUGGAACAAAUGUGAUCCGUCCUUGGGGUUGUGUGCAUCAUAGUUGUGGAUUACGUGGCAGAACGCAUAAUAAACUUCGAAAAGAACUUACAGUAAUCCCACUAGUUCAAAAUCUUGGAGUAUCAAGUAAUCCACAAGAAAUUUCUCGUGAACUUAUAGCAUUACAAAGUCGUGUUAAUUCCUUAGAAGUCUUCUUGAGAGAGUAUGUAGUAGAUGUAAAAUACAUGGAAGGAUUGAAAGAUGAUGUAGUGGAGGGAAACGAUAUACCUCCUGUCAAUGUUAGUUAUAAUCAAAACAAUAAUAUCGCUCCACCAUAUGAUAUAAUGAUUCAUAACAGAUAG